AUGGCACUGGUAGAUUCUCAAGUCUUGCGAGUUCAGAGUUCAAAAUAUUUGUUAGGGCGUGGAACAAAUCGCAUUUGGUACCCUAGUUUACGGACAAACUUCUGUGCCAGACCUAGAAUCCCAAAGUUAAAUUUGACUGCGAGUAUGUGGUCUUUAGCGGACCAUAAAUCGAUGCAUAGCACAAAGGCCGGCAAAGAUCAUGUGGCGUGGCAAAGUGUGAAAGAGGAGCGUUGCGAGGGUGAACUCGAAGUUGAUGGCAACAUUUCAAAAUGGUUGAAUGGUACCUACCUCCGAAACGGACCGGGAGUAUUCCAUAUAGACAAUUACAAUGUCAAUCACCUUUUCGAUGGAUAUGCAACCCUUGUCCGCGUUCAGUUUGAUAAUGGCGAAGCGAAAGGUGGGCAUGCAAUGUUACAAUCCGAAGCUUACAUGACGGCCAAGAGGAACAACAGAAUUUGUCAUCGUGAAUUUUCAGAAUCUCCAAAGCCGUCAAAUUUGUUAUCCUGCAUUGGGUACUUGGUGGGCAUGGUGUCUGGUGCCUCAGUCACCGACAAUGCUUGUAUAGCAGUUGUAAGCCUAGGUGACGGACGAGUUAUGUGCCUGACAGAAACUACGAAGGGAUUUAUCCAAAUUGACCCCAACACACUUGAAACCAUCGGCAGAUUCAACUACACCGACAAUCUGGGAUGGAUCAAUGUCCUUCAGUCUGGACACCCUAUGAUAUCUGAGAGCGAACUUAUCACAGUCCUUCCAGAUCUCGUGAACCCCGGCUACAAUGUUGUCCGCAUGCUUGCAGGCACUAAUGAAAGAACUAUUAUUGGAAGGGUGAGUUGCAGAGGAGGUCAUGCUCCAGGCUGGGUACAUUCUUUUGCAGUGACAGAGAACUACAUCAUUAUUCCUGAAAUGCCUUUGAAAUAUUCAAUACACUAUGUCUUCGGAGGGGAUGUUCUCAAAUGGUGGCCAGAAUCUAAAGCAUUCGUGCAUGUAGUUUCUAGAGUCACUCGACUGAGGGUUACAUCCAUUGAAGUGCCAUUAUUUAUGACAAUGCACUUCAUCAAUGCUUAUGAAGAAAGACAAGAGCUUGGUAAGAAGUCGUCAAUAAUAGUUGAUUGUUGUGAAUAUAACGCCGAUUACUCCAUCAUAGAUAGACUAAAACUACAAGCGUUAAGAUCCUUCUCUGGUGAAGAUGUUCUUCCAAAUUCAAGAAUAGGACGCUUCACGUUACCCCUUGAUGGCAGUGCAUCAGGAAAGCUAGAUGUUGCGUUUCCUCCUGAGAAGCAUGGUAGAGGAAUAGACAUGUGCAACAUAAAUAAAAAAUACGUUGGGAAGAUGUAUCGUUAUAUAUAUGGCUGUACGUCACAACGCCCUUGCAAUGCUCUCAAUACUCUUACAAAGAUAGAUUUGGAAAAGAAAGUAAGUAAAAGUUGGUACAUUGACGGGGGCAUUCCAUCUGAACCCUGCUUUGUAGCUCGACCCGGAGCUAAGACAGAAGAUGAUGGAGUGGUGAAAUCAAUUGUGAGUGAUAAGUAUGGUGAUGGGUUCGUAGUAAUUUUGGAUGGAUCUACUUUUAAAGAAAUUGCUCGUGCAAAGUUUGUUUAUGGACUACCAUUUGGCACCCAUGGUUGUUGA